CUCUCCCCGAUGGCGGACUGUGCUGGGCCGGGUUCUGCCGGCCGCAAGGCCGGGGCUCCUCGCCGCUCUCGAAAAGCCGCAGGUACUAAACAGACAACUACUUUGAAACAAGAAGAUGCUUCUAAAAGAGAAAAUUAUAAUGAGAGGGAAGGGAAAGAUCUGGGAAGGCCUAUAAAUUCUCACAUAGACUGUUAACAUUCCUCUACUCCAGGCUUUAAGAAAACCAAACUAAGCAGACUGCUAGUGAAGGCGUGAGUGUCUGUAGAAGGUGUUUGUUUUUCACCACUUCAGGAAAGCAGAACUAGAAGCAGCUGUGAGAAAGAAGAUUGAAUUUGAAAGAAAAGCUCUACAUAUUGUUGAACAGCUUUUAGAAGAGAAUAUUACAGAAGAGUUCCUAAUGGAGUGUGGGAAGUUCAUUACACCUGCUCACUACAGCGAUGUCGUGGAUGAACGUUCUAUUGUCAAACUCUGUGGUUAUCCUUUAUGUCAGAAGAAGCUGGGAAUUGUACCAAAACAGAAAUAUAAAAUUUCUACCAAGACCAAUAAAGUCUAUGAUAUUACUGAAAGAAAGUCUUUUUGCAGCAAUUUUUGUUAUCAAGCAUCUAAGUUUUUUGAAGCACAAAUUCCCAAAACUCCAGUAUGGGUUCGAGAAGAAGAGAGGCAUCCCGAUUUUCAACUGCUAAAGGAAGAACAGAGUGGCCAUUCUGGAGAAGAAGUACAGUUAUGCAGUAAAGCCAUUAAAACAUCAGAUAUCGACAAUCCUAGCCACUUUGAAAAGCAAUAUGAAUCUUGUUCUUCUAGCACUCACAGUGAUAGUAGCAGUGACAAUGAGCAAGACUUUGUUUCCUCUAUUCUACCAGGAAACAGACCAAAGUCAACAAGUAUUAGACCACAGCUGCACCAAAAAAGCAUAAUGAAAAAGAAAGCUGGUCACAAAGCUGACUCCAAACACAAAGACAAAGAACAGACAGUAGUAGAUGUCACUGAGCAGUUAGGCAAUUGCAAAUUAGAUAGUCAGGACAAAGAUGCUACAUGUGAACUUCCUUUACAAAAAGUAAAUACUCAGAGUUCUUCAAAUAGCACUUUGCCUGAAAGAUUAAAAGCUUCAGAAAAUUCUGAAAGUGAAUACAGUAGGUCGGAAAUAACUUUGGUAGGCAUAAGUAAGAAAAGUGCAGAGCAUUUUAAGAGAAAAUUUGCCAAAUCAAACCAAGUGUCUAGGUCAGUCUCUAGCUCAGUGCAGGUGUGUCCUGAAGUUGGAAAGAGGAACUUACUUAAAGUUUUGAAGGAGACUUUGAUUGAGUGGAAGACAGAAGAAACUUUGAGGUUUUUGUAUGGCCAGAAUUAUGCUUCUGUGUGUCUGAAACCUGAAGCCUGUCUGGUUAAAGAAGAACUUGAUGAAGAUGACAUAAUCUCAGAUCCAGAUAGUCAUUCCCCUGCCUGGAGGGAGUCUCAGAACAGCUUGGAUGAGUCUUUACCUUUUAGGGGCUCAGAUACAGCCAUUAAACCGCUGCCGAGUUACGAGAAUUUGAAAAAAGAAACUGAAAAGUUAAAUCUGAGGAUCAGGGAGUUUUAUAGAGGACGAUAUGUUUUGGAUGAAGAAACCACCAAAUCACAAGACUCAGAAGAGCAUGAUUCCACCUUUCCACUGAUAGACUCAAGUUCCCAGAACCAGAUUAGAAAACGCAUCGUACUUGAAAAGUUGAGUAAAGUAUUGCCUGGGCUUCUCGGUCCUCUUCAGAUUACAUUGGGAGAUAUUUACACACAACUUAAAAAUCUUGUUCGAACUUUCAGGUUAACAAAUAGAAAUAUUAUACACAAACCUGCGGAAUGGACUUUAAUUGCUAUGGUGUUGCUGUCAUUACUGACCCCAAUUCUUGGCAUUCAGAAACAUUCUCAGGAAGGUAUGGUGUUUACACGGUUUCUAGACACCCUGCUUGAAGAAUUACAUCUAAAGAAUGAAGACCUUGAAAGUUUAACCAUCAUAUUUAGAACCAGCUGUUUACCAGAGUGAUAUAUUCCAUGAAGACAAAAUAGAAGAUGAACUUCUAUUCACCGUUUCUGGAAUUCUAGCCACCAUGAUGGUCUGGUGGUGACUGAUAACUAGUUUUAUUCCAAGACAGACCUUUACCUCUUUAAGUUUCAACCUCCCAUCUCCCAGUCCCUCAGUCUCCAACUGCAGAGGAUGACCUCCCCAGAUAGAGGAGAAUCAUUACUCCAACAAGGAUAACCAAGUCUUUGCAUUCCUAGCUACAAGGCAUAGUAUUUUUAUUUGAAAAUGAAUGUUUAAGUAUUAAAUUGAAACUUGAAUGAAUAUUCAAGAAAAUAUAAUGAUGUCUACUUUUUCUGGAUGAUUCCAGCCAUCAUAUCAGUUUGCCAAAAAAAUUGAGAAAAUUAUGAUUUUGACCUCCCAAUCUAAAUUCUAAAUUCUAAAGAUCAGUAAACAAUUAGGGUAAUAAAUGCAAUUUAAGAUGAAGCCAUUUGGAAGUCUAGUCCAAAACAGGAAAAUCCCAGAACUUUCUGGACUCACGGAAAUGUUUUAAAUGGAAUCUGUAGUUUGUUUGCAGGAGAGACAAUUUCUAGAAUUUAGAUUGCUUUUCAAAAUAUGUAUCAAGUAGGCAAGUUAAUAGUUGAGGGGGGCCGCAGACAACUUGGGGAGCUCUACUGGAAGGCCAAGGAGAUACUCUUGGACACUGGAGGAAAUGACAGCUGCUGAAGCCCAAUCAUGGAAAAGGACCAGAAAGCAGCCCACUGGAAUGGGAAGCUUAGUGGGCAAGGAGGUAGGGAUAUAAUUUCUCUUCUUGGCUCCACCAGUAAUUAGCUCUGUGGCCCAGUCACCUAAACCUUCUGGACUUCAGUUCAGGUUGUAUGGCAGUAGGCCAGAGAACUGGCAGUCGGCCAUAGAAUUGGCAUAUAAUCUUUAUGGAGAAGGACUGCAAAAACUAAACUUUAUCUCUGUGUGGACAAAGGCUACUGUCAUCCUGUUGUUACUCUGGGGUCACUUUGACAGUUUUUUUUAAGCUCAUUUGAUUGUGUAAGGGUCUAACCACAACAGAAAAUCAUAGUAUAAUAGAAUUAAUCAAGUUCAGCAAGGUCACAGGCUACAAUAAUCAAUAUACAGAAGAUCAAUUGUGUUUUCUAUUCAGAAAACUCCAAAAAUGAAAUAAAGAAAAUUGUCUUCACAAUA